GCCACUACCACCAUUUAACAUACCUUUCUUGUCUUGUAAAUCUUUGUCUUUUUUUCUCACAAGUUUAGCAUAUCUUUUUCCUCCUUAACAACCAAGUAACUCAUCAUCUACUUAUUAUAGCAAACCUCCAUACAUAUUAUUUUCAAACACAAGAAAAAAAGAAGAGAAGUGAAGUUAGAAACUUAAGAUAUGGGAGCUGAUUGGGGACCAGUGAUUGUUGCUGUUGCUUUGUUCAUUUUCUUAUCACCAGGGUUGCUCUUCCAAUUUCCAGCAAGGUUUAGGUGUGUGGAAUUUGGUAACAUGAGUACUAGUGGAAUUUCUAUUUUGAUUCAUGCUGUUAUAUAUUUUUGUAUACUUACCAUCUUAAUUAUUGCUAUUGGUAUUCAUGUACACUUUAACUGAAUCCAAGUUUACCUUGUUCGGCUUUUUGGAAUAUUACUUCUUGGGGUGCAACUUUUUUAAUUUGGCAAGUUGGUUCUAUGUGUUGUGUUUCUAUCUUAUUGUGCUUAGAAGAUAAUUGUUAUUUGUAUAUGAGUUAGAGUACCUUGUAUCUGUAUUCUAGUUGAUCAAUUUUACCUAUCUAAGAAAACUAUGAUAAAAAUAUUGCUCUA